CACACUGAUCUGUGUAAUUGUCAAAGGCGAAGGCGAGCGAGAGACGAUAAAUAAUUUUUAUUUUUGCUUUAAUUAUUCGUGCGCAGAAAUGAAAUUCUAUUGUCGAAAAAUGCUGGAAAGUGUGUUUGUGUGAGAAAAUAGUGUAAACAUAUUGCCACUGUCAAACGCAAAGGCAAAAAUUCCUUGAAAUAAUUUCCAAUUGGAAUUGAGCAAACAGGGUGUCUGUUUGCGUAUGUGUGUGCGUGUGUGCUGUGCCUGUGUAUGUGCCAUCCUUAAUUUUUUCGCACAUAUGUAUAUAUGUACAUACACAUGUAUGUAGCUGAACAUUUUUCUCUAAUAUACCAACAAUCGAGAGCGCACAAAAAGCAAGGCGAAGAGAGCAGCACGGCGCAGAGCCACAGCCACGGUACCCUUGCGAGAAAAGUACAACUUCAAAUACCUCUCAAUUGGCAGACACCCUACUGAUCGAAACCGUUUUGUAACCACCGCUGCCGCAUUGACGCGGCGCUGCCGAUAAAUCCUGCCAAGAUCCAGAUCGAUACAGCAUCAACAACAACACAAACACAAGAGAGCUACAAGUGCGGCUGAAUCAAUCAGCGAAAUGUUUACGGGUAAACUUCAGAUUAAGGUUUGCGAGGCGAGCGGCCUGCGUCCAACAGAUUUUCAAAAGCGCCACAAUUUAACGUUUGGCAAAUUGGCCGAUGAGCAGCUGAUCGAUCCCUACGUGUCCAUAGAUGUCGACGAGAGUCAUUUUGAUCGUUCGACAACCCGACCAAAGACAUUCGAUCCGGUAUGGAACGAGCAGUUCGUCCACGACGUGACCAACGCACGUAAUAUCAACUUAACUGUUUUUCAUGAUGCGGCCCUGCCACCGGAUGACUUUGUUGCCAAUUGCAUUAUACCCUUCGAGGAUUUAAUGCAAAGCGAGUCAGGUGCUCCGGAUCUAUGGAUUAACCUGGAACCACAGGGCAAGAUCCACGUCAUAAUCGAGUUGAAGAGCCGCAAUGGUAGGCAUGAGCAUUAUGAUCAAGCUAAAGCGGAUGCCGAGGUGGAGCAGACUGUGGCAGUUAAUAAGGAGUUCAAGGAACGCGCUGGCUUCAAUCGACGCCGUGGUGCUAUGCGCCGUCGUGUGCAUCAAGUCAACGGGCAUAAGUUUAUGGCCACGUUCUUGCGCCAGCCGACCUUCUGUUCACAUUGUCGGGAGUUUAUUUGGGGAAUUGGUAAACAAGGCUAUCAAUGUCAAGUCUGCACAUUAGUUGUACAUAAAAAAUGCCAUCUGUCUGUGGUCUCCAAAUGUCCUGGUAUGCGCGACGAGCAAGCCAAGGUGGAAGUGGUGCCGGCAGGGCAGCGGUUCAAUGUCAAUGUGCCGCAUCGAUUUGUGGUGCACAGCUACAAGCGCUUCACAUUCUGCGAUCAUUGCGGCUCGUUGCUCUAUGGACUAAUUAAGCAGGGCCUGCAAUGCGAAACAUGUUACAUGAACGUCCACAAACGGUGCCAAAAGAAUGUGGCCAAUACCUGCGGCAUCAACACCAAGCAAAUGGCCGAGAUACUCAGUUCGCUGGGCAUCUCGCCGGAUAAACAGGGCCAGCAGCCGCGACGCUCUAAAUACUUGAGUCAACCAGGUGGAGAAGACAAUUAUGGAGCUUCACUGGGCGGUGAGGGGGGCGACGGUGUGCCAGGUGCCUCAUUUCGAAGCGGCACUUUGUCCGCUGAUAGCUUGGCCACGUCAACGAGUACGUUGACCAGCGGCUACAACAGCAGCAGCUGCAUGAGCCUAGCCGUGGGUGGCGGAGAUUCCCGUCCUGGCAAGUGCUCCCUAGUAGACUUUAACUUUAUUAAGGUGCUUGGCAAGGGCUCGUUCGGCAAAGUAAUGCUGGCGGAGAAAAAGGGCACCGACGAGAUCUAUGCCAUUAAAGUCUUGAAGAAGGAUGCCAUUAUACAGGAUGAUGAUGUUGACUGCACAAUGACCGAAAAACGCAUCUUGGCCCUGGCCGCCAACCAUCCGUUCCUCACGGCGUUACAUUCUUGUUUUCAGACCCCAGAUCGCUUGUUCUUUGUUAUGGAAUAUGUUAACGGUGGUGACUUGAUGUUUCAAAUACAGAAGGCGCGCCGUUUUGAAGCGGGCCGUGCUGCGUUUUACGCCGCCGAGGUCACUCUUGCCCUGCAGUUUCUCCACACCCAUGGCGUUAUCUAUCGCGAUCUGAAGCUAGACAAUAUACUGCUCGACCAGGAGGGGCAUUGUAAGCUCGCUGACUUUGGCAUGUGCAAGGAAGGUAUCAUGAAUGGCAUGUUGACCACGACAUUCUGUGGCACACCCGACUACAUUGCCCCCGAAAUUCUCAAGGAACAAGAAUACGGCGCAUCCGUGGACUGGUGGGCGUUGGGCGUUCUUAUGUACGAGAUGAUGGCUGGCCAGCCUCCUUUUGAGGCUGACAAUGAAGAUGAGCUUUUCGACUCUAUAAUGCACGAUGAUGUGCUUUACCCCGUGUGGUUGUCCCGCGAAGCCGUGUCCAUCUUGAAAGGUUUUCUCACAAAGAACCCAGAGCAGCGUUUGGGCUGUACAGGUGACGAGAAUGAAAUCCGUAAGCAUGCAUUCUUCAAUAAACUGGACUGGAAGGAGCUGGAGAAGCGCAACAUAAAGCCACCAUUCCGACCAAAAAUGAAAAACCCACGUGAUGCCAACAAUUUCGAUGCCGAAUUCACCAAAGAGGAGCCUGUGCUAACACCAAUUGGCAAUGAUGUCAUUCGUUGCAUUAAUCAGGAUGAGUUCGCCGGCUUCUCAUUUGUCAAUCCCAAGUUUGGGCCGGAGCGCAAGGUGUUUUAAAGCGGCGACCGUUGGAUAAUUGGAUUGGAUAUGCGCUUAGUGUUGGCGGGAAAUAAACCAGCAAACUGGAUCACUUGAAAUUUUAAGCAGUUGGCACUUCGUUGCCGGGGUUUUAAUUACAUGUAACCCUAUGCUAAUCUCUUAGCCUAUUCCUAGACUUAGCUUAUCUCCCUAGCACGUGAAUCUAAAAACUUUGCUUCCGUUGAUUACUUUAUGAACGCUUUAUUGUUGUCUGUUUCCAGUUGUGGUCUUUAACACUUUAGUUGUCUGUUUUAUCGUUUUAAGUUAAAUGUUGGGAAUUACGAAAGCGUAGUUCUAUAAAGAAAUCACAACUAAAAACGCAAAUGCUAAAUGAAAUGCUGAGAAUCGCAAGUUAUAUAUAGAUAGAAAUGAUUACACCUACUGUAAUUACGACAUAUAUAUGAAUUCAGAAAUGCGUGGAGGAUUUUAUAGUCUAUAGUCACUACGCCCAGUGCCAAUACAAAACUAACUAUAAAAUUGUUUGCAAACACGUACACUUAGGCACAUACACAGACACACGGAUACGCAGGCAAACUCUAAUUUUAAGAAUUUGUUUGUUUAUAGUUUUAUUCUUAUUUAUCGCACAAUCUUUCUAUUUCAACAAAUCUAUCGCUUUUGCUCGUUGUAAUGCUCAAAGCCUCUCAAAGCAAGGCGCUAUUUUUGCAGCUUUACCUACCUUUAUCCCACAAUCCUUACCAAAAACAAUUAUUAUUGCCAAAAAACAAAAAAAAAAGGAAGUCCUGAUCUAGUCAAUGUUGUUGCAAAUGCAGCGCCAUGCUUUUUGUUAUUAGUUUUUUAUUUAUAAAUGUGCUGAAUCUCAAGUUUCGCACCCAAAUGCAGACAGCCAUCUCGCAACAGCGCUAUCCUAUGCGAAUCGCAAUUCAAAAAGCCGUCUGUAAACAUAAGAAAAUACGAUGAUAAAAAGAAAAGAAGAA